AUGUCUCCCAUCGACGAGCAACUAGAGAUGGCGGAGGUCGAUGCUCGGCCCCAUACUAAUGGCGCAAGCAAGGAGGAAGGCCUCGAGAGGCCAUCAUCUUCAGGCACCACUGGCUCGACCAGUUAUAGUAGCUCGAUUGAAUACAAUCCCCAGCUGCACACUCUCCAUUCGCGAAACACCGAACUUGACCUAGAGCGUCAUCGCACGGCCACUUCCCAUGCUCUAAGCAGGAUCGAAACCCAACGGCUUCAGCAUCAGUUGACCGUGGGUGAAAGCGUCAAGUCUCGCGCCUCCCGAGCGCCCUUACCUCGCAUGGGCGCCAACAAGGAUUAUCCACCCCCUCUUCCCGAUCGAGAAGACUAUGUCGUCGAGUUUGACGGCCCGGAGGAUCCUCUGUAUCCCCAGAACUGGAAAUUAGGGACGAAGAUUUACAUCAGCGCCAUCCUCGCCUUCACCAGUAUCUGCAGUACCUUCGAUUCGGCUAUCUUCAGCUCCUCUACCACCAACGUUGCGCGGGUGUUCGGUGUAGGCAUCGAAGUUGCCACCCUGUCGAGUUCAUUGUAUAUCUGCGGUUAUGCGUCCGGACCCUUGGUGUGGGCACCCCUCUCCGAGCUGAAGGGACGGAAGCCGCCCAUUCUGGUGGCUAUGUUGGGAUUCGGUAUUUUUAACACCGCUGUCGCUGUCGCCAAGGAUUUGCAGACAAUCAUGAUCUGUCGCUUCUUCUGUGGUGUCUUUGGCAGUUGUCCGCUGGCGGUUGUGGCUGCUGUUUUCUCCGAUAUCUAUAACAACCGCACCCGUGGUGUCGCCAUUGCCAUGUUCUCCAGCACAGUGUUCCUGGGUCCGCUUCUGGCUCCAUUUAUCGGUGGUUUUAUCAACUCAUCGUACCUCGGUUGGCGCUGGACCGCCUACAUUCCCGCGUUCAUGGGCUACGCCGCCUUCGUGUUGAACAUGUUCUUCUUGAAGGAAUCCUACCCGCCGAUCAUAUUGGUCUCGAAGGCUUCGGAACUGCGCCGUCGCACAAAGAACUGGGGCAUCCACGCCAAGCAGGAGGAAAUCGAGGUUGACUUGCGGGAGUUGCUCGUCAACAACUUCUCCCGUCCCCUUCGGCUUCUCUUUGGCGAGCCAUUGAUUCUGGCGGUCACGAUUUAUCUCAGUUUCAUCUAUGGCCUGUUGUACUGCUUCCUGACAGCCUACACACUCGUCUUCCAGGGCGUGUACGGCAUGUCUGCUGGUGUUGGUGGGUUGACGUUAUUUGGCAUGGUGGUCGGUUUGUUCAUUGCGGCCUCCUAUAUCGUUUUCGCUAGUCGGGGGUACAACAAGAAGCUAGAAGCCAACGGGGGCAUUCCCGUCCCUGAAUGGCGUUUGCCGCCUGUCAUGAUCGGUGGUGUGCUCUUCGCUGCAGGACUGUUCUGGUUCGGUUGGACCGGUUUCACAAAGAGUAUCCAUUGGAUCGUACCCACACUGAGUGGACUGUUUACUGGAUUUGGUCUGUUGAUCAUCUUCAUCCAGCUGUUCAACUAUCUGAUUGAUACCUACCUGAUGUUUGCCGCAUCGGCUAUCGCAGCGAACACCUUCUGUCGUUCCCUGGUGGCAGCCAGUUUUCCCCUCUUCUCACGUCAGAUGUUCAACAACAUGGGCAUCCAGUGGGCUGCCACGCUGCUGGGUUGCGUGGCGUCUAUUCUGGUGCCUAUCCCGGUUGCUUUCUAUUUCUAUGGUAAAAACCUGAGGAAGCGGAGCAAUCCUCCGCAGUCCGCACAGGCAGAAUCACGUGCGCAGCUGGUGCCUGGAGGCCCACCCAAGCUCCGACCAAUCACAUUCCCUCAGGCAGCAGCAGCCACGGGAGCCUCAGGCUGGGGCAUUGCAGACAAAACAAUAUCACUUUCCACUAGAUCUCCGCCUCAUGCUCACCUCUAUAUAAUCAUGUUUCUCCCAUCUCUCUUGUCUUCCUUUUUAAAGCUUCAUAUCACAAGUACCUUCCGCUACCCGGAACUACUCCCCUCCGCCUCUGAUCCUCCUGACUAA